AUGCUUCCCCGAGAAAUUCUCGAAAUCUCAACUGCAAACACCUCAAGCUCACAAACAUUGGGAAAGCACCAUCACCACCACAACCCAUUCCGUGUGCUCCGCUCCCCCGACCCAACCUCUCUCAACAACCUAACCCGAAUCCACCAAGAGAGCAGCCACCAGCCACCCAAGCCAACCACAAUGGCACCAAACCAUCUCCUCCGGGCCGCAAUGCCACUCCGAGCAUCAAUGACACCACUGUCCCUGACACGCCCAACCCUCCUCCAAACCACCCAAAUCACAACCCCACUCCGCCAAAAGACAACAAGCACAAAACCCACACCCACAACCGCAACCCCAAACACCCUAACCGUGCCGCCCCGCCUGCGCAACUACGCCUCAGUCCUGAAAACCGGCACAGUAGUCUCCGUCGGCCGGAUGGACCGCACCGUCCGCGUCUGCCACAGACACAACACCUACGACCGCCACAUCGGCAAGUACUACCCAAAGGAAACGCACUACCUAGUCUCGGACCCGCGCAACAGCCUCCGCGACGGCGACGUAAUCGAGUUCUCAUCCGGCGCGCCCAAGAGCAAACACGUGCACCACGUCGUCGAGCGUAUCAUCACGCCGUUCGGUGUUGGGAUCUCCGAGCGGCCGGCUGUCUUGUCGCGUGCGGAACGGGAUGCUGCACGUGAGGCGCGCUGGGCGGAGAAAUAUGUACGUCGUGAGGCGAGGAUUCUUGGGCGCGAAGUUGAUUUGCGUGCUGAGGCGAUGGAGAUGGCGGCUAAGAGGGGGAGGCUGUUGAUGAGGCUGUCUGGGAGGGGUUGUCUACUGCUCAGUUGA